ACACACACUUCCCCAUCUCAGGCUCACUGCUACUUACUCCUCCUCCUCCUCAUCGUCCUCCUUCUCAUCAUCACUCCUUCCUUGACCGCUUCGUUGUCUACCUUACUGCGCAGCACUUGCAUCUUUCGCUCGCAUCUACCGUUAUUGCUUUCGACCUCGCCGGCCGCAGACGACAAUCCAGCAGAGCGCCUUCGUCGCUGUUCGCCCCUAAUCUCCAUCCAUCCAGUCCGUCGCCGCACCCACCCACGCACGCACGCACGCGCCUUCGCACCGCACCGCACGUACACACCCAUUUCGACCUGGUGACGAUCACGCCUGCCACUGGUCACCACCUACACAGGUCGUCCCACCCUCGGUAUACCACUCGACGACGCGAGCGUCUGCCUUUCUGCGCUGCUUCAUCAACCACACUUGCAUCCCGACCCGACGACCAAUCGACGUCAGGACGACAAGACAACAAAGAACCUCUCGGACUCACUUCAUCUUUCGGCGGCAAUCUACGACAAAGACUCUGCAUUGUCGCGGCAGCUGGCACUGGCAUCUCGAAAGAACGCUAUUUCUUUGUAAUCUCAUAAUUUGUACCUCACAACGACCCCGUGGCCUUUGAUACAGAGCGACCUAAUCUUGGGACUUCGACGGCACGACGGCAAACCUUCCAGCAAUUGUCUAAUCAUCUGUCAUCAAAAGCGCUUCUGCUCGGUUCGCUGCAACUUUCAUCACCGACGACCCACAGCUCUACCAUCCACACCUACCCACACCCACACCUACCCACCCACGCACACUCACACACCAACGGCCUUUAACGACUUUCGACUUUCUACGCACGUACGCACUACAGGACUUUUCCCAUCUGCACAAUGAGCAUUGGCACAGGCGGCAUUGCUCAAAUGACUUACAAUAACAACAACAACAACGGCUUCCCUGCCAGCGGUCUUGGCCUUCCCGGUUCCGGCUUCAGUGGUGCUCGGGGCCAGCGCCAGAACACCAAGCGGUUGAGCGUAGCACUCCCGCCCAGGGUUGCCCCCAUCAGUGAGAACUCGAUCGAUAGUCCAACUCCACGCACCAGCCGCUCUCACCUGCUCGCAGGUCUUCGCACUCAGCCCAAGACCCAUGCCGUCCCAGCUUCCGCUCCUUACCAUCAGACUCAGCAUUCCAUGUCGGGCGCCAACUCUGCUCAGUGGGCAGACCAGAGCUACAAUGGAUAUGGCCAGCAAAUGCCAGCGACUGCUUCUGCAACCGGCUUUGACGCGUCGUCUCAGUACGCCAAGACUGCUGGUCGUCAGAUGUAUUCUCUCCCGGAGCAAGUCUUGGCUCCGCCCACCAUGUACGAGCAGGAAGAUGUCGACCCUGACGUCCUCCAACAGAUGCAGAUGCACAGUCUGUAUCUGGCUCAGCGCCAGCAGCAGUUGCAGCAGCAACUUGCCAACAUCACGGCUGCCACUCAGGGCAUGUCCUUGAACGGCAUGGGUUCUUUCCACCAGGCUCACAUGACUCCUCAGCAGCAGCAGCAGCAAGCCUACUACGCUCAGCAACAGCAACAACAGCAGCAGCUUCAGCAGCUUCAGCAACAGAUGCAGCAGCAGCAACAGAUGCAGUCUCCCAUCGAGGUACCAGGUCAACCUGGCGUCUACCUCGUCUACAACCCAGCCAUUCAAGGCUACUCAUACGUGGUCGACCAGUCUGUACAACAGCAAGCUCAAACACAAGCUCAGCAAGCUCAACAGGUGUCUCCCAUUCAGCAGGCCCAGAACAACCACCAGCUCUCUCACGCACGGUACGAGUCGCCCAUGCAAGGCUUCCAUGCCACCCCACCGGCCACCGAGCGUUCGUCGCCCGCCAAUGGUCGGUCCUUCACGCCUCCCAAGAAGGCACCGUCGCCACCCUCGAUCCUGGACCAUGUCGAGCCCCUACCACCGCCGUCUGCGACAGCUUUCCGACGCGGUCAUAAGAAGGCUUCUUCUUUGGCAAUUUCUGCAUCUGGCAACGUGAAUGAAGGUCCCAAGACUGCCAGUGCCGCAACUUUCGGCUCUCAGCGCAGUGCUUACCCACCAACGCCGAUGACUGGCACAUUUGGUCCUGGUGCUGCACGCGCGGGCGAGCACCCCAUUCGACAGCCACGCGGCCCACCUGCCAUUGAAGAGUUGGCUGCUGCUCCCACCAGCAAGCACGAAGGAAGCAAGAACUUUGCAACCCGUCAGCGUCGUCGCGCUCUUGACAGCCUGAUGAAGGCGGGACACGAGCGUCGUGCGGUGUCACGAUCAUCUGGAGGAAGCCCAGUCAGCGAGUCUGACUUUGACUUUGACCAGACCGACGAUGGCUCUCGUGGUAGCCGAAAGAUGUCUCCGAUCGGCUCUGAGAUGCAACAGAAACGUGGUAGCCAGCACUCGUCAGACGGCUACUUUGGCUUGAGUUCCGCUUCGAGCAGCGAGGGUGAAGAUGCCGGCGCGUUCAAGCAACCCCCCACUCCGGCCACGCCAGUCGAUGGCGGCAAUCGUAAGAAGAUGAUGUUUGGUGUUCUCAACGCUGCGGAGAAGCGCAAGAGCCACUUUGUUUGAGUACGGAAUGAUGGUCGGUGCUGCUACCGACUAUUGGAUGCGACGGAGUUUAUGCUUACGACUGUUGGAUUGGCUAUGUAGAGGGACAUUUGGAGAGGAUGAACGAUCGAAUUUCCGGUGCAGAUCUCCAGCACGCUUCGCUGUGCGCUUGCGUGGCUGAGAGACUGCCUUGUGCAUAUCAACCAAACAUUACUGGGUGAGCAUAUGAGUAUGCUCCUAACGACCGAUUACGAUACUCGAGAUCAUCCACACACACACAUAUACACACGCACACACAAACACACACGCACACACACCCACACACUCGUUUUGCAAGGGGAUGGAACGGAUGGCGCUUUUGCUUCGAUGCUUGCUUGUCUCCCUGCGUCCUUGCCUGUGAAAGGUUUUUAGAUGGCGCCACGGGUGGCUUGCAACAACUAGUUGUUCGAUUCUUUCGACAUCAUGCCACGUGAAGAGCAGGCAGGUGGCGAUGGGGAUAUGGGAAGGAUAUAGCUACUGGACAGUAGCUGAGCUUUAGCAUAACAGCAAAAUGGAAUGAAA